UAUACCACCAAUUAUGUUACGACGCCAAAAAAAAGCGAUGAUCAGAUUCUUGCCAUGUAUUCUGUGUAUAAGUUUCCAUUCACGCCACUAGCUUAGCAAUGCAAUGCAGAGAAUACGCAUACGAAAAUUGGAUGCAUAUAGCUGGCAGUAUCAAUCCCGAUGCUGGUGUCGCAAAUUUGCUGAGGAACGACAACAUCGUAGGUAGUUUUCUGCUAAGAAAUAAUGUUCAUAAAGUUAAGCACAAUUAGGAGAAGGAAAAUGGAACGGCAAUUGGAACAUCUGAUCAGAGUUGCUGUAUUUGUUUUCGUGACAAUAAAUGUGAUUUUUAAACCAUCGGCCGGUCAAACGACAGCGCCCAUGUCAAAUUCGGACUUUCCGGAGCUGAGCCUGGUUAAAAAGUGGGCGGAUGGUUUAAGUGAGACAUUAAUAGACACGUUGGACAAGGUGACUGGGAGGAGAGAACUAAGACAGCUUUACACUGACAAGGCCUUGGAUGUAGAAUUUAUAAAUGGUUCAGACCUCAUAGAGGAUGUGGCUGAUAAAUGGCAGGCUAUACUCCAAAAGAAGAUGACUGCAGUGAGGAAAAUAGUUGAUAAGCUAGAAGAGGAAUUUGCUAAUUACACUGCUGAUCAUGAUAUUGCAAUUGGUGAUGUAGACUACAAGAAUUCUAAGAAUUUGGGAAACUUGACUCUGACAUAUGAUGAGAGAUUCAAGUCCGAUGUCAAUCUAAACUGCAGCUCUGUCCAGAUACCGACAGACAUCUAUGAGGGAGACAAGGUUAUCUUGAACGGUAUCCAGGCAACCGAAGGUGUUGAUAGCGUCUUUCUCAGUAACUUUGAGGAGGAUCCGCAGCUUCUUUGGCAGUAUUUUGGCAGUGCGGAUGGGUUCUAUCGAUCCUAUCCAGCUAAAGAGUGGGUUUCUGCAGGGGAACCUGAUAAAGACCAAUAUGAUGUUCGGCGUAGGGGCUGGUACAUCCAGGCAACAAGCUCUCCAAAGGAUGUCAUGAUCCUCAUUGACUCGAGCGGAAGCACAUUUGGAAUGACUCUGAAGAUCAUCAAGGUCUCUGUCUCAAAGGCACUGGACACCCUUGGAAAUGAUGACUUUGUCAAUGUAGCAUGGUUUAGUAAAGAUGUCCAGAAUGUAAGCUGCUUCAAUACCUUUGUUCAAGCUAACCUUAGGAACAAGAAGGAAUUGAACAACAAAGUACAGACUGAAGUUCGAGCAGGUGGGAUUGCUGAUUUUUCAAAUGCUCUGAACUACGCUUUUAAUGAAUUUGAAAAGUUCAACAGGACAGAGAGGCUCGGUGGUGAGGGAAAUAACCAGGGUGCAGACUGUAUCAGAGUGAUCAUGAUCUUUACUGAUGGCGGAACGUCCUCUGAGGAGGCCAUAUUUGAGGCUCGUAACAGAAAUCCAUUCAAGGCUCGAGUGUUUGUGUACAAGGUGGGUGCUGAUUCUAUGGUGUCUUCCGAUGGUAUCAGAGACAUGGCCUGUACGAACAAAGGUUACUUCAGUACAAUCCAGUCAUUUGGAGCUGUGAGACUCACUACUUUGGAUUAUGUUCCAGUGGUCAGCAGGCCAAUGGUUUUAAGUGGUCACAAGAACUUCCAGUGGUCAGAUAUAUACUUGGAUGCCCUGGGUCUUGGAAUGAUGACUACACUGACCUUACCUGUUUACAACACAUCAACGUAUACUGUUCCUGGAUCUAAUGAAACUCGAAAGAGUCAGCAGUUGCUUGGUGUUGUGGGGACUGAUAUCACUACCAAGAACAUGGCCGAUACAGUUCCUAUGAACAAGCCUGAGUAUAAUUCUUCAUUCAGUCAAUCUAUUGGACCUCAGGCCUAUGUGUUCGGUGUCAACAGUAAUGGCUAUAUUUUAUUACAUCCUAGAUUGAAAGCAGAGGAACUGAUCGAAUCAAUCCUCGAGUUGAACUAUUUGUCUGAUCCGCCAAAUGUCGACUUCUUGGAAGUAGAGUACGAGACGGAAGAAAAGAAAGUGUUGCGGAGAGACAUGAUCGACAGGAAAUCAGGCACCGUGGAGCUGGAGACUCCAAUCAUGUCCAGAGAUGAGAGAUAUUUGGAAUAUGUGAACAUGACCUAUUCUUAUACAUUCAUAGACAACACGACAUUCAGUGUUGCAAUUGCUCAGCCCAGCUUUGACCUGUAUCAACUCACACCUCCCGAAAAUAUGAAUCUGGUUAUGGAACUGACUAACAUCAUGGACAGAAAUGAUAUACUCAUUGCCCCUUGGGAAUUUUGUGAGCAGUUUGUUGGAAUGGAUCCUGCUAACAUUACAACAGAUGAUAUCAAAUCAGCUAUCCAGGAUACUAUCAAGAAUAACAGUAUAGGCCUUGGAAGUGGUGGAGUUAUUGUACUACAAAAAUGUAAUGAUGAGAUGGUGAGAAAACUCCUUGUAGAUGCAGAAGUAACAAGUAAUUUGUCCUCCUACUGGGAAACAAAGACUGAUGAUAUGGAAGAUAACGGCAUCAUUUUUGUCUUGGCUGCUACUCAGGGUGGUCUCAUAAAAGUUUUUCCCAAAAGCACCAUAUCAACAUGGAGUCCAGAUGAAAUCCAAAGAAUGCAAGACCCAUGGGAACAGAGCUAUUAUCAACGCAGUCUUUACACAGAUAGAUAUGUCUUUUCUGUUCCAUACAAUGAUGGUGAAGGACCUCUCGGUAGUUUAACAGAGUUCCGUUCAAACAUCACCAUCAGCAAAUCUGUGCCUCUUGAUAACCAAGCAGUUCCUGCAGUUGUCAUGGUGAUGAUGGAUCCAGCUUUUUUCAACGAUUCUUGGGAUCAGACCUCGAAGGGUUUCAAUGAUCAUACAUUGGAAUACUCCUGUGCAAACAUGGAACUGAAAUGUUAUCUUCUUGACGACGGUGGUUUUAUCAUAGCUACGAACCAGAUAUUUGAACAAGAUGAGGUUGGUCGUUUCUAUGGAGAAAUCGAUGGUAACAUCAUGAUUGAAAUGACAAAUUAUGGAAUCUAUGAUCGCAAGCAGAUGUUUGACUACCAAGCGGCUUGUGAGAGGGUACCACCAAGUGACAGUGCAGGCAUCAAAUCUUGGUUUGUGCCAACUUUUUAUGAUGUAUUCAAUUUCCAAAUAUGGGCUGCAAAUGCAUUGUGGACUUUUAUUCAUCAAACCUUUAUGGAUUUUCUACUAUUUGGAUGGACAGAUGUUUCAAUGAUCCAUGCUGCCGAGACUACAGAAUCCCUAGGCAACGUAAGCUGUAUUAAAUUGAUAAACAACUACUACUUUGGCCAAAACCUGAGUGGAAACGGUGCCAAGGAAUGUGUCAACUGCAGCAGGAGUUGGGCUGCUAGUCGAGUUGAUGGUACCAAUCUAGUGAUGCUUGUAACAGAGAGUGACCUUGAUUGCGAUACUUGCCCCUUGACUGUGGUCAGACAAUCGCCACAGGAACUUGGUCCAGAAGAUGCACCUAGCCCUUGUGAUGAGACGCCAAGAUACAGAAGGAGACCCAGUGAAAAUUGUUAUGCAUUUAGUCCAGCUGAAAAUACAACCAUUUGCAGAGGUGUGGUGUCACUAGCGUCACCAUGGUUACUUCUAAUUUUACACAUAUUCUACCUUGGAAUUGUAUGGUUUGUUAGUGCGUAAUGGUGGUCAUUGAUUCCUCUGUUUUAAGUUCUAGGUAUUAUUUCAUGAUGACAUUAUAAAAAGAAUUUUACUUCAUGUUUUUUAUUGAAUUAUUAUAUGUUUGUUCUUUUCAUUAGGUAUUGUUUAUGUAUAAAUGUUUAAAUGUGUACACAGAAAAUAUGUUUAUUCUAUAAUGUAUGUUUGUGGAGUGCUGGUGUUAAUUUCACCUGUCAAAGAGCAUUGAUUUUACUUAUCAUCAUGGCAUUAUAAGCAAUUGUUAUUGACAAAUUUUAUCACCUCUAGAUAAUAAGGUAUUUAUUGUAAAAAGUGCUUUCAGACUGCAUAGAAGGAAAUUAUGGUUCAAACUAAAUUACUCAAAUCAUUUGAUACUGUAAUAUGCACUUUAACUUCAUGGAAAUCAUGGAAUUUCAAGUAUUUUUCAUGGAUUAAGGUGUGAUAUAUAGACGGCAUAUAAACAGCAAUCAUGAAUUCAAAUUCAUUUAUUCAAAUUCAUUUCUGCCACUGGAAUUAUCCUAUCAUGAAGGAUAUAAUUUAUGAAGUAUGGUUUAUAUAUUCAAAUUUUAUCUUAUGGACUAUGAAUUUUAUAAAAUAGUCAAAUUGGUGAAAAAUUAGUUAUGACUCUUGAACUAUGGGUACACUCAAGUGAAUUAUAUUAAGAACUGUAUGAAUAUUGUAUAUAAUUUUUAUACUUGAUGAUGUAAUAUAUCAAGUGUAUAUUAUUGGAUUAUAGUUAUUUGUAUGCAAUGCCCAACAACUUGUUUGUCUAUUUUUUUCUCAUUCUCUUUCUCUCU